ACACCCAGCCGCGCUGAUACUACCCACUCGAAAAAUAAUUUCCGGUAAAAGAAGACCCAGUAACCUUCCGCCUCAUAACAGACAAAGCUGAAAGGGGGAAAGAAAGCAGGCAAGAAAGAAAACCAUCGCAGCCUACACCAGCAACCACAGCAGCAGCAGCAGCCCCCUCCUUCCUCCCCCCCCCUCCUCUCUCUCCUUCUUUCCUUGAGCUGUCAACCGUCACCAAUAACCACCGCCAUUCCUCCCCCUCGGUCAUGGAGGAGGCCGAGAAAAUGUUGUCUUUGAAGAAGGCGUAUGCGGAUAUAAUCCUGAACACGGCGAAGGAAUCGGCGGCUCGGAUUCUGGCAUCGGAGAGGAAGGCGCUCGGGUUUCAGCAGAGCCUUUUCGCUGCCAAGGAGGAGGCCGUCGCCACGCUCCUCCGUCUCAAAGGCAUCAUGGAUUCUAAGAUCAGAGAAGCAGAAAUGCGGUCCUCAGAACAGACGAGGAGGAUACAGGAGCUCGAAGUUCAGCUGCAUGCAGCAGAAGAUAUGAUAAAUUCUCUUAAAGCAGAGUUGAAACAAGCGAAUACCGAACUGGAGCAGAUGAAAAAUAACCUUUCUGAGCCAUUGAUUGGGCAAAACACAAAUAGUCAUGCCACUUCUGAUAAUGCCAAAUGUCAGGGGGGCAAACUUGCUUCUGAUUACGAGCUGUCUCUUCAACUUGGACCUGAAGAUAUAUCAACUACUGAUGUUAAGAAUACCACUUCGAAUCAGAGGACUGCAGACGAUCAGUACUGUUCCAUUGGAAAUGCAACGGAAGCUGAUGCCUUGAAAGAUCUUUCUGUGGAGAACAGGUGUGCUAGCAACCCUGAUUUAGCAUCUAUAAUAAUGAGACACGAAGAAACUGAGCUUUAUAGGAAUGGAUGUACCCAGCGAAUUCGUGCAUUUGAACAGAAUCUUCUUACUGUGAAAGUUCCUUGUGGGCAAAGUUGUGACCGGGUUUCAAAGAACAAAUUGAAGGUUGAUGAAGACGAAAAAGUUAAAAGGUCUCACUCUGCUGAUUCUGCUAAAUCAGCCAAGAUGGUAGACCCGGAAAAGUAUCCUACUGACUCUGGAGAACUUAAGUUCUUCCGCAGGAUUUCUUCAAGAAGAAAGAGAACAAAAUAUGUCUAUUUAAGAACUACCAAAUCUGCUACUUCCUCUGAUCAAGACAUGAUGGGCCAUAAACCAUUGGAUAAUGUGACUAAAUCUGAUGAAAACCUGUUAAAGGCGGUCAAUGAAAAGACUGCUCUAGAAUCCACUGAAAGUUUCAAAAGUUCACAAGUUGGAAAGCUAUGCAUAGGCAAAGCUUUUGAAAAUGGAACUCCAGGACUUUUGCCAUGUAGUAAGAGAACAGCAACCGGGCAGAGUAUUAUAAGGGAGAGUCACUUGGAUAUUGAGGAUGAUAUUUUGAAGGGCGAAGAAUCAGGCCCAAAAGAUUUAACGCAUGAAGGCAGCAUACUGCAAGUGGGGGAUUCUGUGUCCACAGUACCAGAUCAGUCUGUAGCAGAGAAUUCUGGUGUUUCUGUCUGUAAAGCAGAGCCUGAGAUGGGCAAUGUUUCAACCAGUAAUUCUGAUCCCAAAAAGGAGGAUGCUCAUGAAUCAAGUGGACUUCCUGUUCUCAAAUACACAUUCCAGAGGAAGCGUAAGAGAGGAUCCUUGAUCAGCAAGGAUGAAAAGAUUUUGCCUCAGAAAAUGAGCAGUUCAAACAUUACAGCUGAACAUCAAAUAACUGAAAAUCAAAGUGCCCUAGUGAAGCCUCAGAAACCUACCCAAGCAAUGGAGGAAACCCGAAGCAAUAGGCGACUGGUGCAGGUCGCACGUCAGCUCAUUUCAUUGUCUUCGAAAAGGUGGUGAUUUAAAUUGUUCAUUUAUCAAUCAACAAAUAAGAGCAUUUAGGAGGCAUCCUUGAAGGAAGGCAACAUGCAUUCUGGCUGCCAAUUAAUUAAGACCCCUAUUCUGCUUCUCAUUUCUGCCAGGUCAUUGAACUGAAAAGUAGUUGUGUACAUCAGAGGAGAGAGAAGGGGAGAGGGGAAGAGGGAGGGAGGGAGGGGGGGGAGGAGAGAGAGAGAGAGAGAUCCUUUAGCAAGAGGUUGCCAAAUAUCAUACCAUUGGAUUAUGAUACUUUGAGCAUUCUUUAAUGUUUCCUUUAUUUUCAUAAUAUAUGUAACUGUUCAAACUCCACACUUUUGAUAUUACCAUAGCCUCGUAUAUUAUUUGUGACUUGGUUU